UCACUAGCGGUUUGAGCUUUAAAGAAUACACUCUGUUUUAUAAUAGCAGUUUGUACUAUAAACCGCUUUUAGUGGGUAUCACUCGUUUCAUAAUCGUGUUUAAUGAAAUUUGAUCUAUUUAGAUUUCAGUAAAUAUUAAUUGUGUUUCAAGCUAAAUUGUCUUUCAUUUAUUGUUGUCCAUAGUCUUGAAGCGUGAUUGUCUGGAAAAAUCUGUGAUUUAAUCAAGAUCACCAUGGAGAUCAGUUGAGAACAAAGCAACCAGCAAAUUUAAUCCAUCAGUGAUCAGUUAGCAUCAGGCGAUGGAAUUUUUAAUUUGUAUGAAAUGUGACGUGGGGCUUUAUUUAUAUUAUUUUUAUGCGAGUGAAUCUCUUCUUUCGUGAAAUACGUGAAUAUAAUCGCCUGUAUAAAUAUAUAUGGCUGCCAUGAUCUUUUAUAAGGGAGGGAUAGAUCAAUUGUAAUCGGAAAAUGGCCACUUCAAAGCAAGGGCUACAUGGUCGGUCGUCGUUUCGUUUACGACAGCUUUAUCCAGCUAUUAUUGGAAUCAGCUUGGGCUUUGCUUUCUCGAUGUUUUACAUUCCUGUCACCUUGGACGAAGAACAAUGUGUAUUGGACAUGCAAGUCACUGAAGAACAGGGCACAAUGAGUUACCGCUCAAACAAGGCAGAACGUGAAGAAAAGGUCGUGAUCGGCGCGACUGUAAAGCCCAAGCCGUCGAAAUACGGCCCGUCAUUUCGGCCUUAUUACGUGGCCAGUGAAAUAACACAAAGAGAUCGCAUUCUCGUCGGCAUUCUGGCGACGGAAUUUAAUUUAGAAACAUUAGGAACGGCAAUAAACAACACAUGGUUACCAGAUUUACCCAAAGCAAUACUUUAUGUACCAUAUUCGAAAGAUCCAGACUUUCACGAAAAGUAUAACAAAGUUCUAGGCCUUCCCAUAGUUCAGUUAGCCGGUGCAGAGGAAGACCAUUCAUCUAACACCAGAGUUUCAUUUAAAAUGUUAGAACACAUGCAUAAGAAUUAUCACAAUAAAUAUGACUGGUUUAUGCGAGUUGAGGAGGCAACAUAUCUUGAGCCAGGUAGAUUGAUUAGGUUGGUAAAUAUGAUUAAUAGUUCAAUGAAUGUGUAUCUGGGUCUUCCUGCACCAUACAGUGCUAAAGAUGACUCUCAACCUACUGACCUGUAUAAUUCUGAACGAUACUGCCAAGGAAAGGCUGGAGUGAUACUCUCCAGGGUGACCCUCACUACAAUUGUGCCACAUCUGGAUAGCUGUCUUGAACAGGCAAUAACAGACGAAGAGGACAUUGAGUUAGGUCGUUGUCUUCAUAGGCACUUGCAUCUUCAAUGUACUUGGAAUUAUGAGAUGGAGCAGUUAUUUGUUGAGGUCCCAGAAUCCUUAGAAACUCCAACAUCAGUUAAUGUGAAAAGUUGGUUGGCAAAACCAUCAAUGGGAAAGGAAGUGUCUCUGUUUCCAAUGUCAUCAGCAAAACUCAUGUACUACAUUCAUCAGUAUUACACUGAAGUGGAGCUCAAGUGGACCUUCCAGGAGACAAAAGAUAUACAGGAGAGAGUCAAAAGUUUGUUGCCCUUUCUUCCUGAUGGUGUGAUAGAAAAACGUCCAACUUGGCCCAUCGCAUUUCCUCAUCCCUACGUCCCGAAGACAAGAUUCGGUGUGAUUGGAUGGCAGUACUUUACACGAACGCACAUGUAUGGCUUCACCGACGACAACCCGGAGAUCGCACUGGAAGGCGAGUACAAAGAGGAUAUAGACGAAGUUUACGAAACCUCCAUUAAAAUGCUUCAGGAUGAAAUUGGAAGCCAGUACAAGGUAUUUCGGCUCAUAAAUGGUUACCGGAAGUUUGACAUGCUACGAGGUACGGACUAUCUAUUGGACAUCGGCUUGAAGACCUCGGCGAGUUCUAAAGAUGAGAUCAGAAAGCGCGUUCAACUCUUGAGACCGUUGACCAUUCUGGAGAGUGUUCAUAUGCCGCAUCCGGCCACACAACGAGGCGUCUAUCUUGUCUUGCCUGUCAAAAAGAAUGAUGCUCAUCGCUUGGAGCGGUUUCUUCAGAUGUACCAGACAAACUGUCUUCAAACUGGUGAAAAUGUCCUGCUUCUGACGGUCUUUGUCAACCUGCGCGACUCGUCAACUCAGAAAAAAGACAAUGUUUUUGGCGAUGUUAAAGCCAUCUUAACUAAGUUCAAGGAAAAAUACAAGUGGGCUCAGGUUCCGUGGAUACAAGUUGGUGCAAAGCAUUAUUCCACUCGCCUGUUGCUGGAUAUUGUCUCCAUGAAGCUUCCAGCUAGUGCCUUGAUAUUUCUUGCAAGCCUAGACAUCGACUUUACAGUCAGUUUCCUUAGCCGCUGUCGUAUGAAUGCCGUCGAUGGCGAUCAGGUGUUUUUUCCAAUUCCGUUCGCGUAUUUCAAUCCUGAAAUAGUGUACCGCAACAAGCUCAAACCUGAAAAGAUCGAAGUCAGCAAGGACACUGGUGUUUGGGACACGCUUGCGUACGACUUGAUCUGUUUUCGAAACCAAGACUACAAAGAAUUACGGGUCCAUCGCGACUCGUUCCUGCAAGAAGGGACGCCGGAAGACAAGGAUAUCCUGAAGAUAUUCCAAGCCAGCUCGUUUCGUAUUUUCCGUGCCACGGAGCCGGAGUUGCGAAGAAUUUUCGAAAAGAAAUCGUGCCGUGAAAUUACUGAUCGCGCUGAAAACGAAAAGUGCAUGGACUUCUUGAGAAAACGAAUGGGAACACGGUCGCAGCUUUCAGCAAUCCUACUAGAAAAAGAACCUCAAAUUCACUAACGCAAGCAUGCGAAGAAAAUAUUUACAUGCUGCCCAAGAAAACGAACCCUGGAAAUUCACCUAAUUUGUAGGAUUUUUUACUUGAAUAUCCUCGUUGAAGCAACCUGGUCACUGAGUAGUAUAUUAAAAAAUUCUUUCAGAAGUGUUAAAUGCAGGGAAUUAGUUAUUUUUCCAAAGGCAUGUACGCUUGCAUACAUAGCUAGAACGUGUUUAUAACGGCUACAAUCAGGCAUCGAAAUUAGAACAUGCAAUGGUGAAUUUCUUGGGAUUCGCUUUUUCGGGACACCUGUUAUAGGCUAUUUAUAAUUAUAUGCACACAAUAACUGAAUAGAAUUUUUUUGUUUCUGUAGUGUUUCAGUUCAUCAAUAUUAUUUACUUCUGUCAGGCGCAGUUGUACAUAAAUUUUCAGAAUAUCACUUUAUUUCAAUUGAUUA